CUAAUACAGAGAACCAAACACACUUUAUGUCCAAGUCAUUUCCUAAUAUCAACAGACAUGACUGCGAACUCUGAAAACCUUGCUUUUCUGCAUAUUGUUGCUAACAAAUUCAACUCGGUGGCACAAGAUGAUGUGUAUGUCCACGAUUUUCUUCCAUCCAUGACCGCACAAGGCCCACCCAAACGAUUUCACCGGUCUGACAAAUCUUUGCAUAAUCGGGGUUGUCUAGACCAACUUUCUGCUACAAAGAAGUUGUGGGCGGGGCUUUGGAGUUUGCAGUAUCUGUCGUGGCAAGUGUUUGCUAUACGUUAAGAGGAACAACUUGACAUUUUUGACAGCGUGACAUGAAGAGGAAGAAGAAGCCAGUAGUUUUGGGUGCUUUAUUUGCAGGCUUUAAAAGAUAUUCAAAUAGGCACUCUGGGCACUUAUCAUUUGAUGAAAUGUCACAUGCAUAUUCAAAAGCCACUUUUCUUUCGAGAGCGUCCGCUUGCCAAGUUCGUUCCAGCCCAAAGUGGCGGAUUUGAGUAGAUGGAGAGAGUGGAGGACAGACAGAGAGGUUUACAGAAAAAAAAGGAAGAAGAGGAGAUAUCUCAGCCCAUUUGUCUGACAGCCUUUUACCUACAGCAAGUCAAUGUGCCGACAGUUCUCUCCCAUUUUCAUGCUACACUGGCCGUCACUCCCCAUGCCACCUCCUUCUCCUCCUCCUCCUCCUCCUCCUCCUCUUCAAACUUGUGCGAGCACUCUGUCUGCACUUAGCAUUAGGCUGAGAGUGACGAACACAGCGGAGCUCGCAGGGCAGGCCGAGGGGACAGGCACAUAUACGAGGUUCAGCCAUGGCUCUGCUGCUGGAAGGCUUCCACGCCACAGCAGCCUACUACUGCCUGGUCCGCCACAGGUUCAAGAGGAGGAGGAAGAAACGGUCAGAGCGCAAAGGUCAAGUACCCCGGCCAUCUCGAACGCAACAGAGGCUGCUCGUCGUAGAGCGGGACGAAGUGGAAACCAUGAGUUCACGCAGCACUGAUGUUAAGGAAAAUCAAAAUUUGGACAACCUUUUCUCCAAAGAGGGGGUUGCGGCUGAAGUUGCCGGACACCCCAAUGGGAGUCCUGGGGUUGCGAGGAAACGUCCCCUAGAGGAGGGCAAUAAUGGGCACACACAUUCCAAGUACAGGCCCAAGAAGCGUAAGAAACUCCCUGGACCAGUUCCGCCCAAGAAUGCCCUUAUGCAGCUGAAUGAGAUCAAACCAGGUCUGCAGUACAAACUUCUCUCUCAGACUGGGCCAGUCCAUGCACCUGUCUUUGUCAUGACUGUGGAGGUCAACGGGCAGUUCUUCGAGGGUUCAGGUCCGACCAAGAAGAAAGCAAAGCUGAAUGCAGCAGAAAAGGCACUACGCUCCUUCAUCCAGGUCCCCAACGCCUCUGAAGUCCACAUGGCCAUGGGCCGGACACUGUCCGUUCACACAGACUUCACCUCGGAUCAGGCGGACUUUCCGGACGUGCUGUUUAAUGCCUUUGAGACAUCCAGUCGUAUAGAAGUCCCAUUUUACCUCGCUUCCAACAGUAAAGGUCCUUUCAGCUCAUUGGUUAUCGAGUACCCUUGGCUAUCCUCCCCUGUUCCAAAUCUAGCCCAGUCCCCCUUAACUCCAGCACCCUCUACCUCCAUCUCUCCACCAAGUGGCAAGAAUCCUGUCAUGAUUCUCAACGAGUUACGGCCAGGCCUCAAGUAUGACUUUGUGUCCGAGAGUGGGGAGAGCCAUGCCAAGAGCUUUGUCAUGUCAGUGAGGGUAGAUGCCCAGAAUUUCCAGGGUUCUGGGAGGAAUAAGCGGCUGGCCAAGGCUCGGGCUGCCCAAGCUGCUUUGUCUGCUCUCUUUAACAUGCAGCUAGACCAGCCACCAUCACAACAGCCCAUACCCAGAGAGGGACUACAGCUUCACCUGCCACAGGUCCUGGCCGACGCUGUCUCCCGUCUUGUCAUUGACAAGUUCAGCGAACUGACGGAUAACUUCUCGUCCCCACAUGCUCGACGGAAAGUCUUGGCAGGUGUUGUCAUGACAACAGGCACAAAUGUGAAGGAGGCUCAGGUCAUCUGCGUGUCCACAGGAACAAAGUGCAUUAACGGUGAAUACAUGAGCGACAGAGGUUUGGCCCUCAACGACUGCCAUGCUGAGAUUGUAGCUCGUCGGUCUCUCAUUAGGUUCCUGUACUCCCAGCUGGAGCAUUUCCUCAGUAACGAUGAAGAGGUCCACAGGGAGUCCAUCUUCACCAGAUAUGACAACGGACAAGGCUUCAAGCUGAAGGACAAUGUCCAGUUCCAUUUGUACAUCAGCACCUCCCCCUGCGGAGACGCCCGUAUUUUCUCACCUCACGAAGCAGGGGUAGAAGAUCAGGGAGACAGACACCCCAACCGAAAGGCCCGCGGACAGCUGCGCACUAAAAUUGAGUCGGGUGAAGGAACCAUCCCUGUACGCUCCAGCAACACCAUUCAGACGUGGGACGGUGUUCUUCAGGGCGAGAGGCUGCUCACCAUGUCCUGUAGUGACAAGAUUGCCAGGUGGAAUGUUGUUGGAAUCCAAGGCUCUCUGAUGAGCUAUUUCACCAAACCCAUCUACUUCUCCAGCAUCAUCCUGGGCAGCCUGUAUCAUGCUGACCACCUCUCCAGAGCCAUGUACCAGAGGAUUAUUGAGCUCGAGGAUUUACCGCAGCCCUUUAAUUUGAACAGGCCACUGCUCAGUGGAGUAAGUAACGCAGAGGCUCGUCAGCCGGGAAAGGCGCCCAACUUUAGUGUGAACUGGACAGUGGGAGACCAGGGCUUGGAGGUGAUCAACGCCACCACAGGGAAAGAUGAUCUAGGUCGACCCUCCAGGCUCUGCAAACACGCCCUCUACAGCCGCUGGAUGCGCCUGCACUGCAAGCUCUCCUCCAUCAUGCGGAUCAAAAGGCCAAGGCCCAGCAGCUACCACGAGGCCAAGCAGGCGGCGGUGGAGUACCAUUCCGCCAAACAGAUGCUCUUCAGGUCCUUCUACAAAGCCGGACUGGGCGUCUGGGUGAAAAAGCCGAUUGAGCAAGAUCAGUUUGCUCUCACCACGUGAGUCAGUAAGGCGGUCGCUACAUGACUGUCAAACUACCGACUUGUGAAACGUUGGAGGACUAAUUUCUUCUGGAUUGUCAUGGAUUGGACAUUCCCGCUCCUCCACCUCAGUUUUUUUAAUAUAAGUAUGUUAAAGAAUACCACAGUUUAGUCAGUUAUGCAACUCUUUUUGAGAAGAAAAUAGCCUGAGUUGAAACCGAAGUUGGCUAAAUGACAUGUGUUUUGAUAAUAAAAAUGAUCAUUUUGCAUGUAGUAUUAUAUCAAACUCGUAGGAAAGUCCUCUGCAAAUGGUAUAGAUAUGGUAGUUUGUUUUAAAGUUUCAAUACGUAUACUCAGAGGAUUGGGAGGCUACACGUUUUCCGCUUGUGUCAUCACAAAUGCAUACUUUAAUGUCUGCACCAAGGUUUUGAUAGUGGUGGAAUUUUGCAUUACUUCAUAAAUGUACAACUGUCAAACCUAUGAUUGAUAUGACACAAACUUUAAGUUGAGUCUCCGCAAUUUUUUCGCUAUAGUUAUAAAGCUGUAGAUAAAGACCUAAGUCUACUGCCCAUUAAUUCUGCAAAGAAGUGUCCAACAAAUAGUAAUUCAUUUAAAAGAAGUUGAACAAAUUUAUGACCUUCUGCCCUGGGAGGACAGAAGUUGCGCGGUAGACGGGAAGACCGUGCGAAGCUUAAAGACUGGAGAUUGAUCUCCUGAGACGCUAGCAACUUUCAAAGCAGAAAAUAAUUUGGGAUCGGCCUAAUUAGAGCCAUUGGAGCAAAAUGAAAUGCACUUUUUAUCCUAAAUGAUAAACCCAGUGUGAUGGUAACAUCAAUCACUAUAGCACAUGGAUAAAAAAAUAAUAUAAUAAUUCAACAAUUGCUUCAUUUACACAGGCAUUCCGUUAAUUAUCACAAUAAUUUAACAAAAAUGCCCUGUGUACCACCUCAAAGGGAACAGACUACCCCGAUGUAAAAUAAUCAGCAGUACCAGGAACCAGGACUUGUUAACAUUUCUUUUUACCACCAUUAAAAAGUUCACCAAAGAAGAUGUCAGCAUCUGUCUACAGUAGUUUAAUUUCAAUUAUUUAUUGUCUUUUGUAUAUUUUCACCAUGAAUAUAAAUGUUAUUUGGGAAGGAUGUAGGCCUUCUUAAUUUCUUUGUAGUAAACCUAAAUGUUUUUUGAUUUUUUAAAGUCUUUCUUUAUUUUUAACUAAGGAUAUGAUAUUUGUUAUUUUAUGUCCUUCUGUUUCUAAUUGUCUUGAUGAUCCUUGUUCUUUUUUUAAGCCUUACCUGCAUCCAGGUGCAAGUUACAUUUGCAGAAUAAAUGCAUUUAUAUGUGAGACUAUGACCAUUUAGAAAAGCAAUUUUGAAGGGAUGAUUGAAAAAAUUAUGCUCUGUAGGUCAGUCCUCCACUCCCAGAAGUCGCUGAUUGGUGAGAUUCUGCACUCCCGAAUGACUUGGGCUUGCAGACCUUCUUAUUUGAAUGUGAUAAAUGACAGUUUGUUCACACCUGACAAUGAGAGUGAGAGUUAAAAAUUAACAAAGAAAUAAAGUACAGUGUCUAAUCCAACAUUUCUGUGUAACUGGUGGAAGUAGAGCAGAGUAAUUAAGUAUUAAUUAAAUGGAAACACAAGUGAGUUGUCACCAACCCUAUGGACAGUUUGACCAAUGCAUGGAAGUGUUGAUGCAUAGUCCAUAUUUAUUUACAGUCUACGGUAAAGACAGUCUAAACAUCAAAUGAUUUCUUUAUUGCUCUCAGCCUUAAGUUAGUUAUAGUACAGUUCAAUUCAAUUCAAUGAAAAGGUGUGACCAAAUUUUUGACUGGUAGUGUAUAGACCCCUACACAGUAUUUUGAGGAGCGGAGCUUAGCUGGAAGCAAACCAUCUCAAACACUGUAGCUUGUAAGCGGUGGUUAGCAUAUUUCAACGGACUGUUUUGGCAAGAAUGGAUGAGGAAAACACAUAUUGUAGAGAAUUACACUCACUUCCCCACACAGUAGUUCUUAUUUUAAAAAGUUGACUCUGACUGAUGGGACUACGUACAUUCACCAACCCCUACACUCUCACUCACUGGAUGGACAAAGGAGGACACAGAGGGGACGAAGUCUGGUCUGUCUUUAUCAAGUGAAGCCUCUCCAACAAACAUAUUAAAAGAAGUGGAACCACUGUGGAGGUGGCAAAUGCAACUUCUGCUCUGACACCCUUGAAACAUACAAAUAAUGUUGCGUUAGCUACACACAGCUAACACUAGCUAACAUGUAACAAGAAUCCCCCACAAAAUUAUUAACUUAAUGUAAUUUCAGUCACAAUUUAGUCUAGCCCAUAACGUUAUACAGGCUGAAACUGAUGAUGCAUUACAUAUUAAUCUGACCUGAUAUCAAGUAUGUGUUUGACAGGGAAAGUGUUCAUGUCAAGCUUCUCUCUUUUUUGCCUCCAGCUAACGUUGCGAUGUCACUGUGACGUAGGCCAUGAAGGGGUCUGUAUUAGUUUGAGAUUGCUGAGAAAAUGCUACAUUUUUCUGACAGAAUCACAUGCAGCUUUAUUGUCACUAUUUUAAAAGGAUGUCUUUAAAAGUCAACAGACAUCAUUUCAUGGUCCCUUUUCCUUUUCAGGUGCUUUUUUUUUUUUAAAGAUUAAUGGAAAACUCUGCAUAUACGAGAGUACCCCGUUGAUUAUACGGUCCUUAUUGUGACCCUGGACGCGUUGUGUGUUCACAUCGCCAAAGGAAUACAGUCAAACACAACCUAGUGUGUGCUUGCAGCUGUAUGAUUGGAUUGCCGAGAACACAUGUUGAUGCAAGGUCUGGACAAGGUCAGGGUGGGGCCUGAUGCAUGAGCGCUCCCUGUAAAGCAUGACAAAUCCAACAAUGGAACGUGUAGAAACUUGAGUAAUGGAUCAAGAGAUUUAAUAAAAUGCUUCUACAGUCA